AACACAUCCCCACUAGGCCACCACCACCACGGCACUCACCUAUAAAUACUGGGCCUCCUCUGCUCCUACACGCCCCCAACCAAGCAAGUGGCCACCAAGAACGCAAGCAGCCAGCGCAGUGAUCACAAGGGCCGGCAGGCAGCAGCUCAGCUCUGGUAUGACGCUGUCCAUGGCGGCCCCCGCGAUGGCUCCAGCAGCGCCCGCCUUCCCCAGGCUGAGGAUGCCGCCGCCGCCCGCGAUCAUCACGCUCCCGGACGCCGCGGUCCCGGUGGCGCCGCCGCCGCUCUCGGUCGUGGGCAGGCAGCGCGUCGCGGCGAAGAGCAAGGCCGUCGUGGUGCUGGGCGCCACGGGGACCGGCAAGUCGCGCCUCGCCAUCGACCUCGCCCUGCGCUUCGGCGGCGAGGUCAUCAACUCCGACAAAAUGCAGCUGUACGCCGGCCUGGACGUGGCCACCAACAAGGUGGCGCCCCACGAGUGCGCGGGGGUGCCGCACCACCUUCUUGGCGUCGCGCACCCGGACGCCGAGUUCUCGGCCGCGGACUUCCGCCGCGAGGCCGCGCGCGCCGCGGCCGGGGUCGCGGUGCGGGGACGCGUCCCCAUCAUAGCGGGAGGGUCCAACUCGUACGUCGAGGAGCUCGUGGAGGGCGACCGCCGCGCGUUCCGGGAGCGCUUCGAGUGCUGCUUCCUCUGGGUGGACGCGCAGCUCCCCGUGCUGCACGACUUCGUCGCCCGCCGCGUCGACGAGAUGUGCCGGCGGGGGCUCGUCGAGGAGGUGGCCGCGGCGUUCGACCCCCGCCGCACCGACUACUCCAGGGGCAUCUGGCGCGCCAUCGGCGUGCCGGAGCUCGACGCCUACCUCCGCUCGCGCGGCCUCGAAGACGUCGACGACGACGAGCGCGCGCGCAUGCUCGCCGCGGCCGUCGACGAGAUCAAGGCCAACACGUCCCGCCUCGCCUUCCGCCAGCGCGGCAAGAUCCAGCGGCUCGCGCGCAUGUGGCGCGUCCGCCGCGUCGACGCCACGGAGGUGUUCCUGAAGCGCGGCCACGCCGCCGACGAGGCCUGGCAGAGGCUCGUCGCCGCGCCAUGCAUCGACGCCGUCCGGUCCUUCCUGCUUGAAGACCAAGAAUACAGUACCAUGGUCACCGCCGCUAAAGCCUCCAUCUUUGCCUCCACGGCCGCCGCCGUCGCAGCCGCGGUUGCCUAACACAUGGAACGCUUCCUGAACACACGACACGACCAUCUUGAUGCCAUGCGCCAAUCUCCAUUGGCGCCGCCGCAGAGCUCAUCAGCUCAGCAAAGGUAGCAAGACCGGAAUGGCUGCAUGCUCUGCUGCGGUCAAGCUCGCGGUGACCGGGCAGAGUAGCCAGUUCAUACUUCAUAUAGUUGACCCUGUCCGGGGGAAGUAAUUGUUUUUCUCCCCCAUUUUCUCUGUAAUUUUGUACGCGAUGAUCGGUUGAGUGCGAGAGCGAGUUUU